UUUAGUUGAGGUAUGUAUAAGGUAAAGGAAUGGUGGAGGCUGCGGGCGAGGGCCAGGAACGUCUCCCGGCCGCCGUGUUGUCGUCUGCCUCCAGUAAACAUUAAUACUUCACCCACUGCCCGAGAUGCACUGACUGCCUCUGUGACUUAACUUCAACAUGCUGAAAGUGGGCUGUGGAACAGUGGCAGUAUGUUUAAGAGGAGCCCGGUCCCAGCUACAAUGGACUCCUCGAGUCUAUGCACCAACUGUUUCAUCAGUGAAGAGGAUACAUGUUACAUUUGCCAGCACCACUCCCAUCAUCAGCAGUUUGGGACCUUUAGAAAAUCAAGACACUGAUGCAAUCGCUACAUCUGAUAAUGAGAUAAAUGAUGUUCCAGCUCUCUUACAAACGGCUACCAAUGGAAACACACACUCUUCUGCAUUCCAGGGUCUUCAUACACUCUCUGACUGGGUUUCCAACAAGAAGAUAGAUUUUAAAAAGGAUGUUGAAACUGAGGAACAGUUCACAAAAUUAAUAAACUUGAUAGACAGAGAAACUAUUCGAAGCAGUCCUACAUCUUUAUUAGCUGCGCUCAAGAGUCUGAUGAAUCUUGGUGUCGACAGCAACACCCAUGUGGUUCAGUCAAUUGAGAACCAGUUACUGUGGAACAUUAGAAAAGUGUCUUUCUCUGUGUUGGUGUCCAUAAUGAUCUUCCAAAUACAACAUCAAGAUACUGAACUACAGAAAAAGGUAGUAAAGGAAUCUCUGGAAGCUAUACAGAGGAGAUGGACUGAAAUCAAAAGUGCAUCAGAAAUCGAAGCAUUUUAUAAACACCAUGAUUUAUUUAACUCCGAGUUUCUUGGACACGUGGACGAUCGUACAAUUGAAGUUUGUGAAGAGAUGACCUAUGGGGAGCUAAGCAAAGUGUUCUGUGCUCUAGGAACGAUCAGACGGCGUGCUACGCCUGUCUUGAGAGCUUUGGCAUUCCAUAUGGCAAAACAGGAAGAAAAGCUAUCUCCAAAGCAACUUUGUAAUAUUUUGUUUGCCAUGCAUAUCAUGAGCUUUCCUGAUUCAGUUUUGUUAGAAAAGGUGGCAAAUGAUUUGAUUCCACAAGUUGCUAGCAUAGACAAGCCAAAGCUAGUAAGUUCUCUUCUCUUUUCUAUGGGUCAAAUGCGAUGGAGACACACAAGUCUGCUGGAAGUCUUGUCAGAGUGGAUUGAGAAAAAUCUGCAAAUCUGCCAUGUGAGCAAUUAUUCAGCUAUAAUUGUUACACUGGCUAGUGUGUCAUAUACUCCAACAAAUGCUGACACUUUGUUCAGUGAAAUAAUUCCCAGACUUACUCCCUCAGCAUUUGUCAAAAAGACAGCAUGGCUAGAUAUUGUUUGGUCAUUAUCUGUAUUAGGAAGAGCCACAGAAGAACACAUAUCUUCAGUGUUGCAUCCAUCUUUUGUUAUAGAUCUUCCAAGUACAGAUCAAUACCUGCGAUUGGGGAUAAAACUAAAGCUUCUAAACAUCAACGCAACGUCACAGCUGAACAUGCCUUCGUACAGAGGCCCGUAUCUUGAUGUUGCAGAUUUCAAAGAUGUAAUAAUUUCUAAGAGCAGGGAUGACUUGAAGCUCACUAAACACAUUCAAGUCAUGCUGCACAACUUCCUCCCUCCACCCAAAUAUAUUAAAGAAAAUAUUCAAACUGAUCUGGGAAUAUGUGUAGAUGUUGAGCUGGCAAUAGAUCAGAAUGGGAAACCCAUUCCAGUUCAGGAUUAUAGUAAUAGCCUCGGAGAAUCAGAAAGUUUGCAGCCGCUACCUCCACUACCUGAAGGUGCAACUAAGCUGGCAAUGCUGGUGUGGGGUUAUAGAGACUACACUGUUGGCUCUCAAAAACUAAUUGGAAUCAAUCAGUUGGCUGUACAGCUAUUAGAAAAAAAAGGGUACAGAGUAAUACAAAUUCCUUUCUAUGAGUAUAAUAUGAAGGCAAAGAUUCUAAAAAAUGUACAGUAUCUUGAAAGUAAAGUCAAAGGGGUUGUUGAGCCAUUAAACCAUUGAAUUCACCAAACAAUAUUUUUUCAUGUAUAUAAAUUUUUAAUGUAUUUAUGUGGGAAAAUAAAAGCAGUAAGGUUCUUCAUAGAAUAAUAAAAACUGUCUCUAAUA